GGCUGUGUGGUGCAACUGCGUUGUGCUGGCGCAGUGUCCCGUUUGGAGAGAGAGAGGGCGAAGUUUGCUCUCUGCAUUGCAGCCUGAGCGCUGCCCGGACUCCAACACAACAAUGGCGACUCCCAGUCCCAACAGCAACUCAACAACCUCCAGCAACAGCAACAUAGCAGGAUCCACAUCGCACCACCACCCUCAGCCUCAACACCUGACAACCGUUAGCAGCAUGCAAGAGACCAACACGUGCUGGAGAUGUCAAAAUGAAACAGGGUUUCAGAUAAGCCUGUCUGGAGUGACCCAAAGUAAACGCAAGGCCCUCAAGCUGAACUUCGCCAACCCCCCAGUGAAGCCAGCCACCCGACUCCCCCUCCACCCCCCCGCCCCCUCCUUCCAGAACCCACACAUAGAGCGUCUGCGGACCCACAGCAUCGAGUCGUCAGGCAAGCUGAAGAUCUCUCCGGAGCAGCACUGCGACUUCACGGCCGAGGACCUGAGAGACCUGGGGGAGAUCGGCCGCGGGGCCUACGGCUCCGUCAACAAGAUGGUCCACAAGCCCAGCGGACAGAUCAUGGCCGUCAAGAGGAUCCGCUCCACGGUGGAUGAGAAGGAGCAGAAGCAGCUGCUGAUGGACCUGGACGUGGUGAUGAGGAGCAGCGACUGUCUCUACAUCGUCCAGUUCUACGGCGCUCUCUUCAGAGAGGGGGAUUGCUGGAUAUGUAUGGAACUAAUGUCUACCUCAUUUGACAAAUUCUACAAAUAUGUAUAUUGUGCAUUAGAUGACGUCAUUCCAGAGGAAAUAUUAGGCAAAAUUACAUUAGCAACAGUUAAAGCACUGAACCACUUAAAGGAAAACUUGAAAAUUAUUCACAGAGACAUCAAACCUUCCAACAUUCUCAUGGACCGUAGAGGCAACAUCAAGCUGUGUGACUUUGGCAUUAGUGGUCAGCUGGUUGACUCCAUAGCCAAGACCAGAGACGCAGGCUGUAGACCUUACAUGGCGCCUGAGAGGAUAGACCCCAGCGCUUCCAGACAGGGAUACGACGUGCGCUCAGACGUGUGGAGUUUGGGAAUCACCUUGUAUGAGCUGGCUACCGGCAGGUUCCCCUACCCCAAGUGGAACAGUGUGUUUGACCAGCUGACCCAGGUGGUGAAAGGAGAACCUCCACAGCUCUGCAACUCUGAGGACCGCCAGUUCUCCCCCAAGUUCAUCAACUUUGUCAACUUAUGCCUUACGAAGGACGAGUCCAAAAGACCCAAGUACAAGGAGCUCCUGAAACACCCUUUCAUCCUGAUGUACGAGGAGCGCAGCGUGGACGUGGCCAGCUACGUGUGCCGCAUCCUGGACCUGAUCCCCACCUCGCCCAUGUCCCCCAUGUACGUGGACUGAGGGGGGGGGGGGGGGGGGGGGCGGGAGGGAGGGAACACUUUACACUGCGACACGCAAAUGGGGAGGGGAGGGGGGGAGGGGGGGGGGACACUUAUCCACGUGACACGCCGACGCAUGACGUCUUAGCCCUCAGAUGCACAGUUGCGUCGAAUCACCCGUUUGUCGUCGACGUGUUUUCCAAAGAACAUGAGAAGGAUUUCACGUCACGGUCGUCACCUGUGCAGUCCCGUUCCAAACACCCGUUGUGCUUCUUUCCUGUUUCUUGUCAGUGACGUGUAACUCUUAUCUUCUGACAUACCACCAUCAGAGAGCAAAACUUGAAGGCAUAAUAAGGGUUAAGUAAAUACAGCAUUUUUUUAAUUUUAUUUUUUUUACGUGAAAGAUAAAUGAAUAGAGUGCAUAUAUACGGUUUAUAUAUAUACUUGAACUUGGUGUACACAAAUACAGAACAUACCAAAUAAAAUGUUGAAAAUGACAUUAUGAACAAAAUAGUCGUUUGGAUAGCACAUUUGAUUGUACAUUGUGGACUGUAUGUAUGCAUUUGUGUGUUCACCUCGACAUUGUUGAAGACCUGUACAGAUGUAUGCAGACAGAUCUGUCUAAACAAGGCACUAUAAUCACAAUGUAUGUCGUGCACCUUCACUCAUUGUAUAGGAAUGGGUAUGCAAAAGUGUUGUUUUCCUGAGAAGAAAAAAAAACGGACUGGUCGAUGCUGUUGGCGUGGCUUGGUUUUCGCGAUAUUCAGUUCACAGCACAGCUGUUCAAUCUCAAUGUUGUCUUGACAAUACCAGGACUCUCCAAGAAAAAGA